AUGUCUGAAGUGAUAACAGGUUUGUUGAAGGUUACCUUCGCUUUAAUAUCGAACAAAGUUCGUGCUUAUUGCGCUGAGAAACUCCAAGAUGGAGAUCUCACUGAUCAAAAGUUUCGAGGUUUGAUUGUUCGUGAACUGGACGACAUCAAAUCCAAACUUGAUGCUAUUUCGAGAAAAGAUCUUUGUGCCAGCAUGAGUUUCCUGCAACAAGGCAUCCAACGUCUAAACAGGUCAUUUGGCGAGUCUUCUGAGAGUGAAAACCCAACUGAAUUACCGAAUGAAAAAAAGCAAUCACAAAGCACAAAGAAAACGUGCGCUGGGGCAUGUUCAACCGACAAGAAGCCAGCUCAACAGUCGGUGGCUGUAGAAGACGCAUUUGCGCUGGCCAAUGCCAUUGGAAAACUGAAGAUCGAGUCAAAUGAGCUAUUCGAGUUAGCUAAAAAAUCCUUUGAAGAUAAUUCGCGGCAACGGACUGUUCACAGUACUUGCGAGAAUUGCAUGAUAUGCCAGCCAUAAAGGAAAUAUUUUCAGUGCACGUUGGAACAGGAAUAAAAUCAUGGUUCAAAUCAGGUUUCAAAAAAGACUCAAGAGCGGAAAUCGUGGAAAGCGUAACGAUGAUCAAUUUGAUCUUGGCUGAUUUUAUCUCGAAGUUUACAAAGCGAAGAAUGGCUGUUUUUGAUUGGCCAAUGAUAGAUUGCGGUAAACGCGUUGUGCAUCCAAUUCAUUACGAUAAAGAGAGUGCACCAAAUAUGAAAAAAAUAAAAAUAACACCACCUUGGGACAUUGUAGUAUCCGAGAAAGACCUGUUUGGAACAAUAUGCACAUGUGCAUUAACCACAAAAGGAAAUCUCAUUUGUGUCACAGAUGACAGACGUGGUCUUGAAAAACUCGACAAAACAACAGGUAAGCUGCAGCCGUACUGUCUUUCUCCUUUACAAGUCAACACUGAACAUCCUCAGCCCAGCGGUGAAUUGAUUGGUAUAGCUAUCGAUGAUAACGACACAGUGUACGUUCUGUCGCGUACUGACGGCAAGAAUGGAUACACAUUGUCAGUCUAUAGUCCAGAUGGAAGAAAUACGCAUCAUUGUUGUUUGGAAUUUCUUCAAGGGUUGUCAGUUUUCCACUGACGUAUUACGUGCUUUACAUCUACUCCGCAGACGGACAGUUAAAAACGACUGUAAAAUUUCGUGCAAGUGAAGGUCUAGAUGCCUAUGGCAGGUUAUUUUACAACUAUGACACCAAGAUCAUCGUCGGUCACGUUAUGGACUUGGAUGAUGGCAAGAUAUUGAUAGAAUAUUUGUCUGGUCAAACUGCCAGACUUCAACUUUCAUACGUACUGUAUCAGACAAACUUUCCAGAAG